AUGGUGACAUAUCUGACGACUGGCACGGAGCAGCUCGUGGAAUAUCUGGAUGAUGAAGAUAAAGACGAGGAUGAAAAUGACGACAACGACCACCCGGUUGCUACAACUCCAAGUCUUGCAGCACUCUUAGAGGGGACCGAAAAUAGUGCUAGAAAUAGCAUCAAGUUAUCUGGGAUGCCGCCACUACCUCACAUCCCACCACUGAGCCCAGACCCACCCUCAUCCGAGCGAAAUCCAGGCUACUCAUCUUCACUGCUCUGUUCUCAUCAAUCCAAUCCCAAAAACACAUCUCCUCGCCCAUGA